AAUAACCCAUUGAAUCUAAAUACAUUGUACACUAAGUCAAUUCUCAAAAGUCAUCAAAUAUGAUCCAAAUACCUUAUCAAACCCAACAAAGGUAGUGAAAUUGAUCCAAUAAAUUCCCUAUACUACUAGGCUAUAUGUUGGCAGACCAACACAUAAAGCAAGAUGGAGGUACCUGGUGAAGUCCCCAUAAUCAGUCCAGUCAAGCUGAAAUCAUUUUUCGACUUUUCCGCACAAUCUCUUGAUGGAGAUUGCAUAGCAUUCUCCAGAUACAGGGACAGGGUCAUCUUGGUGGAGAAUGUAGCAUCUCUCUGAGGUUUAACAACAAGGGAAAUGAACCAGAUGAAUGAGUUGAACUUCAAGUUUGGGAAGGACCUCAUAAUUCUGGCAUUCCCUUGUAACCAAUUUGGACAGCAGGAAAAUGCAAAUGGACUUGAGAUUCUCAAUACUCUAACACAUGUGAGACCAGGGAACGGAUUUGAGCCAAACUUUCCCAUAUUUGAUAAAAUAGAUGUAAAUGGCAAAAAUGCUCAUCCUAUCUUCAAGUUUCUUAAACAAUGCCUUCCAUUUCCAAGUGACGACCCUAUAUCCUUUGUGAAUGACUCAAAGAAGAUCACAUGGGACCCUGUAACAAGAAGUGACGUGGCGUGGAAUUUUGAGAAAUUUUUAAUUCGCCCUGAUGGCCAACCAUACAAACGUUACAGUAAAAACACACAGACAAUAAACAUUACGAAUGAUAUUAAGAGCCUACUAAAGAACCCAAGCAGAAAAAGCUGAUAAAAGUUUAAACAAGAGAUCAGUAUAUUGCUUGUACUAUAUGAUAAUCUCAGAUAUUAGAGAUUAGCUAGUAGGGUCCAUAGCCUAUAUGGAUCAAGAGCAAAUGGUUAUUUCUUGCUUGAUAAUUCAUUCUUUAUUUUUUAAAAAUCAGUGAUUCAAUGUGCCAAAGUUUUAUCGUGAUCACUGGGUUUCUUUUCAUCACAAAAUAUUCUCUUUUGGAAUAAUUUAUUGUUUUAU